AUGAAGCUCCAUUGCGACGAGCCUGUGCCUGGGCUGUCGCUGAGAAUGUGUGUGUGUGGUGUUGCAUGGUGGGGUGAAGGCGGUGCCCAUCGACGAGAAGGAGCCCGGACGGCGCGGGGCCGGCGUGGCGGGACCGUCCGGGGGCGGGGCGGGGCGGGAGGCGGCAACGCGGGCCGCAAGCUGCGCCGCGUCUCGCAGCCCGACGCCCUCACCUUCGGCGGCCACGCCCACCCGUCGCUCGAGCAGCCCUACGAGGUGACGGUGAAGGACCGCAUGUGCUACUACGCCAUCAGCCUGAUGAAGGCGUACGAGAACUACUCAUUCGAGGAGCUGCGCUUCACCGCGCCGGCCGUGAAGCGCGCCUCGGAGAACAUGCUGGUGCGCCCCAACGGCGACGGCACCUACUCCGCCACCUGGACGCCCGGCAGCGUGGGCUGGUACUCCGUGCUGGUGCGCAUCGACGGCUACGACAUGGACGAGGUGUACAAGGUGGAGGUGAAGGAGCCGCCGCAGGGCGUGGCGCCGCCGGCGCAGAGCGUGGUGAAGCGCGCGCCGCACCAGCCCAGCCGCCUGCGCAAGUUCGUGGCCAAGAACAGCGCGGGCCUGCGCAUCCGCGCGCACCCCUCGCUGCAGAGCGAGCAGAUCGGCGUCGUGCACGUCAACGGCACCGUCGCCUUCGUCGACGAG